GUCUGCGAAUGGAUGACCAACCAAGCGGUCUACGACGUAGCAUGGAGUGAGGCCAAUGAGCACGUGAUUUUGACGGGCCAAGCCGAUGGCUCCGUGAAACUCUUCGAUUGGACUAAUCCCCAUGGUCCCAUUAUGUCUUUGGAGGAGCACACGGCCGAGGUCUAUGGUGUCGAUUGGAAUCUGAACGAGAAGCACCUGGUGUCUUCCGCGGCGUGGGAUCAGACAGUGAAAGUCUGGGACGCCAUGCGAGGGGCUUCCAUCAGCACCUUUCGAGCACAUCAGCAGUUGGCCUAUGCGGCCAUUUGGUCUCCUGCCAGGC